CAAGUACUUGCAGGCUUCACCUUAAAUCGAGAAGCAUUCAUAUUAGUGAGCGCAACUCGAGCACCUCCCCAAAAACUUCUGAUGACAAGCGCUAGAUGUUUGCACAUGACGCGCGCACAUAAAGACGACAGAUGAGUAGAGCCGCUUCAGUUUACAGGUACAAGAAAGGGAUGGAUCACAGACCGGCGGAUUUCACACUUUAUGGACGCGCAAAAGCAACAUUUUAGUGCAACCGCAUCCUGGAAUAUUGUUGCAUCCACAUCUCACUCAAUCUCAAUUUGCGCUUUAUUAGUCCAUUUUUUUCUCACGCACAAACAUGUUUUUGUUGCUAAGGUCAGUUCUUCUUGUUAACGUGUUCUAUGCUCAAUUGGAAAAUGUGAAUUCAAUGAAGAGUCAGUUUUGCGUGCCCGUCAGACUGAAUCAAAUCAAGAACAGUUUAGUCGGUGCAGAAGACAACACGUUGGAGCAUAAAGCUGUAUUUAAAAUAAGUGCAUUUGAACAAGAUUUUGUACUCGAUUUACAGUCGGACUCCAGCUUCAUUGCUCCCGGUUUCUCGACGCGCGUCGACCCAACGGCUCAUAAUUCCGCGCACAGUGAAGAUCUGAGCCGGUGUUUUUAUGCCGGUGAGGUGAAUGCCGAUCCAUAUUCCUAUGCAGCGCUCAGCUUGUGCAAGGGUCUGCAGGGCGCAUUCGGUUACGAUGGUUGGGAAUAUUUCAUCAAGCCGGCUUUUAACGACACUGGCCGGGAUCAUUUGCAUGUCAUUAGACGCAGAUCUAACGCCAAUAUGAGUGGAAACUCAACUUCAAGGUGCGGUGUGGACAGCGAUGUGACCCACACAGUUGCGCAGUCUUUGGCGAAGUUUAAGCACAUGAAGGAACACCUGAGUAACAUCACUAUGUCAGUUCUGAAAAACCGCUCGAAAAGAUUCGUCUCCAUUCCGCGUUAUGUAGAGACUUUAGUGGUGGCCGAUGACUCUAUGGCCAAAUUCCACGGUGAUGACCUCAAGCAUUACGUGCUGACCUUAAUGUCUGUGGCGGCUAAGCUUUACAAACACCCCACCAUUCUCAACUCUAUCAACAUCGUGGUUGUCAAGUUUAUGGUGAUUAACGAGGAAGAGAAAGGACCCAAGGUUUCCGGGAACGCGGCGAUGACCCUGCGUAAUUUCUGCACCUGGCAGAAGAAGCUGAACAAAAACAAUGACAAGCAUGAGGAGUAUUGGGAUACGGCAAUCCUAUUCACAAAACAGGACCUGUGUGGAGCUUCAACAUGUGACACACUGGGUAUGGCAGAUGUUGGCACCAUGUGUGAUCCCAAGAGAAGUUGUUCUGUGAUUGAAGAUGAUGGGUUGCCAUCUGCCUUCACUACUGCCCAUGAGCUUGGACAUGUAUUCAAUAUGCCACAUGAUAAUGUUAAGGCUUGUGAGGAAGUUUUUGGCAAGCUGCAGGACAAUCACAUGAUGUCUCCCACUCUGAUCCGAAUCAACCGUACCAGUCCUUGGUCCCAGUGCAGUGCUGCCAUUAUCACUGACUACCUGGACAGUGGACACGGUGAUUGUCUGCUGGAUCAACCUCACAAACCGUUAGCUCUUCCAGACGUGCUUCCUGGUGCAUCGUAUGGUUUAGAUCGGCAGUGUGAGCUUGCCUUCGGUGCCGGCUCAAAGCCGUGCCCAUUCAUGCAGGCACCAUGUCAGCGCUUGUGGUGCACAGGGAAGACCCGCGGGCAACUGGUGUGCCAAACAAGACACUUUCCGUGGGCAGAUGGAACCAGCUGUGGGGACGGACAGCUCUGCAUGCGGGGCACAUGCAUGGAGAAACAGGAGAUAACUAAAACUAAGAUGGAUGGCAGAUGGGGUAAAUGGGGGCCAUUUGGUACCUGCUCCAGAACUUGUGGAGGUGGUGUGCAGCUGUCUAAGAGAGAGUGUGACAACCCUGUGCCGGAGAAUGGAGGCAAAUACUGUCAGGGAGUGAGAGUCAAAUACCGGUCCUGCAACAUUUCCCCAUGCACUGACACAGGGAAGAGCUAUCGUGAGGAGCAGUGUGAAGCUUACAAUGGGUUUAGUCUGAACACUAACCGGCUCACCCCUUCAGUGGUGUGGGUGCCCAAAUAUUCUGGUGUGUCGGCCAAAGAUAUGUGCAAGCUGAUCUGCAGGGCAAAUGGAACAGGAUACUUCUAUGUUCUUGCACCAAAGGUUGUUGAUGGUACACCAUGUUCUCCUGACUCCUCAUCAGUCUGUGUCCAAGGCAAAUGCAUCAAGGCAGGCUGUGAUGGAAAACUGGGAUCUAACAAAAAGUUUGAUAAGUGUGGUGUCUGUGGAGGAGAUAACAAGAACUGCAAGAAGGUCUCAGGCCUUUUCACCAAGCCCAUGCAUGGUUAUAAUUUUGUGGUCAUGCUUCCCAUGGGAGCCUCCAACGUCGACAUCAGGCAGCGUGGCUACAAGGGCAUCAUGAGUGAUGACAACUAUCUUGCUGUCAAGAACAACCAGGGCAAGUACCUGCUGAAUGGAAACUAUGUGGUUUCAGCCAUGGAGAAGGAUAUUCUGGUGAAAGGGAGUCUGCUCCGCUACAGUGGAACAGUUGGAUCCUCAGAGACUCUACAGGCUGUGAAACCUCUGGGUGAAGCCCUGAUAAUUGAAGUGCUGUCUGUGGGCCAGAUGACACCUCCACGCAUACGUUACUCUUUCUACUUGCCACGAGAGAGCAAGGAUAACAAGGUGCAAAAGAAAGAAGGAAAGGCACGUGCUGAAAACAGUGUCCUUAGGGAAGAUGGAGGGAUCAGCAAAGGUGAAAAGGAAGCAGAUCUUCUCAAGGACAAAAUCUCACCCAUGUACGUCAAAGAUAUCGCACCAAAACCAGGGAAGUGGGUGGCGUCAGGGUGGGACGUUUGCUCAGUUACUUGUGGUAAUGGACUCCAGAGGAGGAUGGUGCAAUGUCUUGGGGUAGAUGGUGGGCCUGGGGUGGACUGUGACCCUCACCAAAAGCCAAGUGCUAUUUGGGCAUGUGGAGACCCUUGCCCUAUGUGGGAGGUGGGUGACUGGUCCCCCUGCUCCAAGACUUGCGGGAAGGGUUUCAAAAGGCGCCUGCUUCACUGCGUUACAAAAGUGGGAACGUUGCUUUCCAGGGAGAAGUGUGCAGACAAGAAGAAGCCACAGGAGCUGGACUUCUGUUCAUUAGCCCCUUGUAAAUAAGCAGCGUCUCCCUUUAUCAUUGCUCUACAUGGACCUUCUAUUUUUGUCGAAUUGCAUAUUCAAAAGAGAAAAGAACAAAGAAAAAAAACUACGUUCUGGAUCAUAGUUUAAAUUUUCUCAUCUGCCUGACAAAGGGACAAACAAUGACAAAACAAUGACAAAAGACAGACAUCUGUGGUCAUGAGAUAAACAGGUUUGAACACAAAUGCAAAUAGUACUCUACCUCCAAUUGUAACAAUUAUUAAAUAAUUCAUCACCUGUAAAUCAUCCAGAUGCGAUCAAAUUCAUAAUCAUGAAUAGCAUUAUAGCCCGAUGUCAUUACAAUUCAUAGGUAUUCGUACAUAAUAUCUUCAUAUAUAUUUUUGUUUGUUUGAAUAAUGCCAUAGACGUAUUGACAGCAUCUAAAACAAAAGUAUGUAACUAUGAAUUUAAAACAACAUUUAUGAAUUCUUUAUUAUUUGUUAUAUUAUAAAUAUAUUUGUAUAGUUACCUAAUCUCACCUCUAUCCUGAAGCUAACCACUUCUCAACAAUAUAUAUAAAAAAUAUAUAUAAAAAAGGCAGAUAAAUGUAAAUUAUUUAAAAUUAAGUAAAAGCAAUAAAAUGUGAUGACACUGAACACAUUAUUGUCAUUGAUUAAAUGCAGUGCCAUUAACAUCAGUUCAGUAUUCCAUAAACCUAAACUAUUUUUAAAAAAAAAUUGUAUGCCUAUACAUCAUUCACAUGUAAAAUGCUUACAUUUGAGAUGCUGUAACAUGUCAAUAAUGUAAGAGUCUAUGCAGACAUGAAAAUAAUGUGAUAGAACCACACUUUAUACGAAUACCUGUGAUUACUAAUGAGAUGACAUUGGGCAUUGCAAUGCAAGGCCAAUACAACAGUGUAGUUUUAAAGCCUAAUGUGCACAAAUACAGCACUGAACGGAUGAAUUUUUUUCUGCAGACAUCAGUGUAAACAUCUCUAUUUGUGUGAGCUAAUUGAUGUUUGAAAUGGCCAUUAAUGAAUGCCUAGAGUGGAGAGAAGCCAACAAGAACUGAUAUAGUCCAUCUGGGUUAACCGAAACAUUCCACAGGGCAUAUAAUAAACUUGCUCAGAAAUGCCCUUGGACUGCAUGGAACUGGCUGCAAUCUACCCUUUUUUUCCUGGGGAGAAAUUAAUUAUUAACCAAAAAUUAAGAUCAAUAUCCAAGAAUGAUACUGGAGUAUUUGCCGAGGAGGUCAAUAAUGUUCACUAGUUUGUUCACAGUUUUCAAUUUUUCACAUUGCUUAAGGACUGAGAGGAAGCACAGGCUACAUUUCUAUCAGCACAUCCUUCGUAUCAACAAACAGGCAUAAAUAUUAGCAUAUUUUCACAACUAGAGCGACAAAGCCGGUUAUCCCAGUGCUUUAUGUCAUGCAAAUAAAUGAAGUCAUCUGUGUUGUAAUGUAACUGGAAAACUUCUAACUACUUUCCACAAGGCUUUUCGUGCAAUCCAAUGAUCCACCUUUACUGCUGCAAGAUGACGUACAGUAACUCAGAGGGUCCAUUUUGACAAAGCACAGAUCAUGGAAAUGUUUAAGUCUUCACUGAUGUAUUAGCCCCCUAAAACAAAAACAGCAAUGAGAAAGCCUUAUAUACACAAGGCCUGUGUUUUAUCAGUACACGUGUGUUAGCAUGUUAGCCGUCUGACUCUUUUUGAAUGUACAUUCAUCUCCUUAAAGUCACUGUUAUUUAGCUCAGCAGACCUUUUUUUUUUCUGGCCAGCAUAUUUCCUGCUGUCAGCCAUGUUCUGCAUUGCCAAACUCAUUCUCUCCCCAUCCAGCUUUCAACCAGAACUCUUUUUUGUUUGUUCAUUGUAAUGCUGUUUAUCUCCUCUCCUGUUCUCUACCUACCACUGAGCCAGAGAUGCAGCUGCUAUAAUCAUGCCCUGUCUGGUACAGUUGCCAUUUUAACUAAGUUAUUAUUACUAUUAAAAUGAAUUUUAAGAACUGGUGGCUGGUGGCACAUGGUUGUACAGUGUUGUGGCCUGUGCUUCAGUGGCAAGUUGUUCUUUGUACACAGUAAGUGAAAAUCCCUGUAAUACACAAAAACACAUUACGUUUGUGAUCAAGGUUCUUCAGAGUGACCAUAUUGUCCAUCUAAAAGAUGGUUUCUGUAUUACUUUAAUGCAUAUUUUUCUUUUGCUCAUUCUUACAGCAAAAGAUUUCAAUGUCCCGCAUGGGCUUGUAUACCAUGUAUACAUCCAUUUGGCUGUGCACAAACAAGUCAUGUAAAUACCUAUUAUGUCUUGUUAUACAUAUUUUUUUUUCUCGUCAUGCUUCAAGGUAUUUAUUCCAAAUAAAAUAUUUA